AUGCAGCGUAUCACUAGGAUAUUUUAUGAGGCCCUACCGCCUCGCCUGUUGGUAAGGUCACGGUUAAAAUGUUCGAAGGCACCUAAAGAAACUCCUCUUCGCCGGCUGUUAGAUGAUGCAAGUUCAUUUGGUGAAUCUGAAGUGGAAGCUGCAGAGCCCGAGAUGCGUUGGGCAACCCAGCCAUACCCAGCACGAAUUAAGGGCCGGCCCGACCCUGUGCAGCCACGAGUGGAUCCUCGCGAUACCACCGUCCUAUUGUUCCCGGGUCAAGGCUCUCAGCAAGUGGGAAUGGGACGUGCUCUACAAAACUUCCCGGCAGCCAAACAACUUUACGACCUAGCAUCUAAUAUUGUUGGGUGGGAUGUGACUCGCGUGUGCCUCGAGGGCCCUGAGGACGAGCUAGCGCGGCGUUGCCAAACUGCAGUGUUGGUGACGUCACUAGCGGCACUCGAGCGUGUGCGCGAGGAGCGCCCGGCCGCUGUGGAACGUGUGCGCGCCGCGGCAGGCUUCUCGCUGGGAGAGAUCGCCGCGCUCGUCUUUGCAGACGCCCUGUCAUUAGAGCGUGCUCUGCGACUCGUGGAGCUGCGCGCCGCCGCCAUGCGCGCGGCCUCGGCGGGCCGCCCCGGGGGCAUGCUCACCGUGUGGCUGGCGGCCGACGCGCGCCUCUCUGCUGCGAUGCACCGCGCGCGCGAACACGCCACCGAGCGCGGUCUAGAGGGGCCGGUUUGCCAGGUGGCCAACUACCUGUACCCGGGCUGCAAGGUGCUGGCCGGGGAUGAGGAAGCCUUGCGCUUCAUAGAGAAAUACGGUGCCGAGUGGGGCAUCAGGCGCGCAGCGCGCGUUCGCGUGGAGGGCGCAUUCCACACUCCACUGAUGGCGCCGGCGGAGGCGGCUCUGCGCGAGGCGCUGGGUGCGAUAGAGGUGCGCGCGCCGCGGCUGGCGGUGUACUCGUGCGUGGACGGGGCGGUGUACCGGUCGGCGGCGGCGGUGCGGCGCCAGCUCCCGCGGCACGUGUCGCGUCCGGUGCGGUGGGAGCAGACGCUGCACGCUCUGUACGCGCGGCCGCGGGGCGAGGCAUUCCCGCUGACAUUGACGCUGGGCCCGGGAGCGGCGCUGCGUUCCACUUUGAGACAAGUUAACGCUCGCGCUUGGGACUCUUCUCUUCAAAUCGACGCAUAA